GCCCACCUGGAGCAAGCAUAAAAGGACAGCCACACGUUGGAGGCACACUCAGCUGCAUGGAGAGAUAGCUGACACCACUACAGAAUUCUCCGGAAGCAUGGACAACACCACAGCACUCACGUUCACCUUGACCGUGUACGCCAUCAUGGAGAACCACAGAAACGGCUUCUUUUUCCUUUUCCUCCUGUUGUACGUCGUCAGUGUGUUCCUAAACGGGCUGCUGAUUAGCCUCAUCCUGCAAAACAAGACGCUGCAGCAGCCCAUGAACGUGUUUGUGACCAUGUUAUGCUUCAACGAGAUCUACGGCAGCAGCUCCUUGCUGCCGUCAGUCAUGAGCGUGCUGCUGACCCACAGACAUGAGAUCAGUGUCAAGUGGUGCGCGGCUCAGGUGUUCUUGCUGCACACCUACGCCUCGGCGCAGUUUUGCAUAUUGGCUCUCAUGGGCUACGACCGCUUUGUCGCCAUCUGUUACCCGCUCCAUUAUAACACCAUCAUGUCCCAUCCCAAGAUGAUGAAGCUGGUGGUGUGCGGGGGUCUUUAUCCGUUCAUUGUAUUUGGCUCUUUAUUCUCUCUGACCAUAAAGCUGCGCUUCUGUGGGAAAACCAUUCCAAAGUUGUACUGCGUCAACAUGGAACUGGUGAAAAACGCCUGUUCAAACGCGUCACACAUAAGUAUUGUGGGACUUGUGUUCAUUUUGUUUCUUGUUGCCCCUCAGGUUUCCAUGAUCGCUUUCUCUUACGGUCACAUCGCGAGAGUGUGUAAGAAAUUACCGAAACAAUCUCAAAGCAACGCUCUAAAAACAUGCAUACCACAUUUAUUAUCUUUGCUCAAUUACACCAUCGGGGCCUUGGUUGAAAUUAUCCAGACCAGGUUGAAUAUGAGUCGCGUUUCCGUGCAAGUACGCAUCUUUUUGUCGCUAUAUUUUGUCAUCAUCCCCUCGGUUGCUAACCCGGUGCUGUAUGGAAUGGGAUCUCAUAUUAUUCGAGUCCACAUCAUGAAGCUGUUGAUUAAACACAGGAUGUUGCCGUCAAAGGUGGUGAAGAAGGUGAUAACAGCUUAGCCCUUUUCAGUCGCAUACUAAAAAAGGAAAGUAUUCGGGGGCAGUUUUAAUAUUUUGUUAAAUUUUGUUUUAAAGCGUGUGAAGGGCCGUGCCCCUCCUCGCUACUGUGCAUGCUUACGUUUUUACCCUCAAGCCAUAACCACGGUGAACUCUCAUAGGCACUGAUUUUAUAGUUUAGCACCUCUCUGUGUGCAAUUUUUACUUUCCACCCACAGUCUGAAUCUUUCUGUAUAUAUGUAUAUAUUAUAAUAUUUAAACAACACAUUCAGAACAUUCGUUCUCAGGACUGGACUGUGC